GACUUGUCUUGGUAGAAACAUCAGACAAUCGAUAAAGUUCUGAAGUGGAAGACAAACAGCAAACCUUGCCUGCGCAAACACCACCAGAAAUUUGGAAUUGGUGUUUUUCUGAAGUGAAUUUUUAAAGAAAUGUCCAAAAGAAAAGAUAUCGAUGAAGAAGUUUCUGCUGAUCCUACGGAUUUGCUGCAGUUUAUUAAUCUAGGAGCCGGCAAUGAAGUUGGAAGAAGCUGUCAUAUUCUUCAAUACAAAGGGAAAACAGUGAUGCUGGAUGCUGGUGUUCAUCCUGCUUACAAUGGUCUCGCUGCUUUACCGUUUUACGAUGAAUUUGAUCUGAGUACUGUUGAUGUUCUAUUAAUCAGCCACUUUCAUUUAGAUCAUGUUGCAUCUUUACCCUAUGUGAUGACGAAAACAAAUUUUAGAGGCCGUGUAUUCAUGACUCAUCCUACGAAAGCCGUUUGCAAAUGGCUUUUAUCAGACUAUGUUAAAGUCAGUAAUGUUGGCGUGGAGGAUCAAUUGUAUGACGAGAAGGAUCUGACGGCUGCGUUUGAGAGAAUGGAAGCAGUUGAUUAUCAUUCUACGAUUGAAGUUGAAGGAGUUAAAUUUACUCCAUAUCAUGCAGGUCACGUUUUAGGUGCUUGUAUGUUUUUUAUUGAAAUGGCAGGCGUCAAAAUUUUGUAUACUGGAGACUACUCUAGAGAGGAAGAUCGACAUUUGCAUAUAGCAGAAGUUCCCCCUACGAAGCCAGAUAUCUUAAUUACGGAAUCUACGUAUGGUACUGCUUCUCAUCAACCUCGUCUUGAAAAGGAAGCUCGUCUUCUAAAUAUUGUGCAUUCUACGAUCCGUAAUGGUGGGCGUGUGUUAAUGCCCGUCUUUGCCCUUGGAAGGGCUCAGGAAUUACUCCUUAUUUUGGACGAAUAUUGGAACAAUCACUAUGAUUUACGUCCUGUACCCAUAUUGUAUGCAUCUUCCUUAGCUAGAAAGUGUAUGGCCGUUUUUCAAACUUAUGUAAACAUGAUGAACGAUAAUAUCCGUAAGGCAUUUGCUGAACGAAAUCCCUUUAUAUUCAGAUACAUUAAAAAUUUAAGGAAUUUAGAUAGAUUCGAUGACAUCGGCCCUUCUGUUAUUGUAGCUAGUCCUGGUAUGCUUCAGAAUGGUGUAUCUCGAACUUUGUUAGAGCGUUGGGCUCCUGAUCCUCGAAAUACAUUGUUAUUGACUGGUUACUCUGUGGAGGGAACCAUGGCAAAACAGAUAACAAAUGAGCCGGUUGAGAUAACAUCAAUGUCAGGUCAAAAGAUUCCAAGAAGAAUGGCUGUUGAAGAGCUUUCAUUUGCUGCUCAUGUCGAUUAUCUUCAGAACAGUGAGUUCAUUGAUCAAGUGAAAGCAGACCAUGUUAUACUGGUACAUGGUGAGCAGACAAAUAUGGGUCGAUUGAAAAGUGCACUGUUAAGCAAAUUUCAUAAUCAAAAGCUUGAUAGCAAGGUUUAUACUCCUAGAAAUUGUGUACCUUUAUUUCUUUACUUCAAGGGAGAACGCCAUGUUAGAGCUCUUGGAAAAAUUGCAGUCCGCAAACCAACUGAUGGGGAUAUUAUGAGUGGAAUAUUGAUACAAAAAGACGCUGUAUACAAACUUAUGUCUUCGGAUGACCUUCGAGAUUUCAGUGAUCUUACGACUACCGUUUUAACCCAGAAGCAAGUAAUCCCAUUCUUCUCUAGUAUGGAGCUGGCUAAGUACCACUUAAAUCAAAUGUUUGGACAUGUUAAAGAAGAGCGGACGAAAUCUGGGGAAUUGUGCUAUACUGUCAUGGAUGCUAUUCAUUUGAGCAUGCCAACUGAGCACAAACUGACUUUAGAAUGGACUGGAAACAUCAUGAAUGAUACCAUCGCAGAUUCAGUGAUUACCGUUUUGUUAGGAAUUGAAAGUAGUCCAGCUUCUGUAAAAUUGACAAAUCACAAGUGCAUUCAUGGGCACAUUGACGCAAAGAAAUCGAAAGCAGAGGACCGCAUAAAUAAGUUAAUGAUGUUUUUAGAGAGUCAAUUUGGCGAAAGCAUUACAAAGUCGAAAAACGGAGUCUACAUAAAAAUUGAUCAAUAUGAAGCUUCUAUCGACUUUUCCACUAUGAAAGUGGAAUGCAAUAAUGAAAUCCUUCGAACAAGGAUUGUUCACGUUCUUUCUCGAGCCGUAAAUACCAUUCUUCCUUUUUCAGAACCACUGAAAGAAAGUCUUAAUAAUGUGGAAGAACAAAAAAGUAAAGAUGACUCAAGUGAAGAAACUGAAGACAAUAAAGUAACGCCUGUUCAUGAAGAAAAAAAAGAAUGAGCUCAUCUAAUCAUUAUAUAGGAUUUUGGAUACUUUGAAAAUUAAUUUUAUUGAUGUUUUUUAAGUGAACAAAUGAAUACUUAGGUAUAACACAUCAGAUAUCAAUUUGUAAUCGUUUAUAGAAUAUACAGAGACAGGAGAGCUCAAUGCAAAC